CACUGGGUCAUUCCAUGUCUGUCAUUACAGAUAUCAUAUCGAGGCUUUCACCUUCUGGCCUUUUUUUCUAUAACAAUUUCACCCUUACGUAACCCCAUUGACUACACAUCUCAACCAACCAAUAGGAACGCUCGUUACAAACAGGGCCUGUGUCACGAUUCUUUCCGAUGAUAGUUCGGGAUUGGUUAGCUAAUUCGGGAUUACGUGAUUUGCAAAUUGCGGUGUUGGCGUCAUGCAAGGUCAUUAGUUCAGUUAAGGCUAUCUUCAGAAGGGAAAUGUCGACGAGGGGGAUAAGUCACUGGUAGGAUACCCCGAAAUCAGGGUUUGGCUGCACUUGAUACGGAGCCUCGGUCACACUACAGAUCGUGUGACCCAGUUGUGUCGAUGAUGGCUCACAACGACAACACGAUGAAGAACGUAAAACGAGAACCGCUCAGUCCCCCGAUGAGUGACUGCUCCGACAGGGACCAGCACGCUACGAGCAUGGAAAGCAGCUCAAGUGGAACGAAAGACAAUGGCGACCAACCCUUGGACUUUUCUAUGAAAAAGCUACCGACCGGAGGUGAUGUAAGUGACAAUUCUGAUGAUUCUUGCGAAUCUGAACUUAACAAUCAUCGACAUCGUGCUUUUACCAAUGGUAACUCUUAUGUGUCUGAUAGUGACCUCUCAAAACAUUCUGACGAUCAGGACCAUUCUCCAGGCAAUUCUCGAAUUGGUGAGCCCCAGACCGCGCUCAUGGGGUCUCUUCCAGGGAGACCAGGCAAUGGGGGAAUCAUCUUUCCUGGACUACCACCGGGAUUCGUGCCCGGGACACAAAAUACACAAGAAUCUAUUUCAUCACUUUUUCCAGGCUCUGUCUUUCCUGGAGAUCCUCGAAAAUCUCUCGCCGGGUCCAACAAUAAGCAUACCCGUCCCUUUAAAGCUUACCCCAAGGACCCCCUCUCUCUACCUCUCGGCGGUUAUUACGGCAUUCCGGGCUUUAUGCCCUUCCCAAUGGAUGGGCAGACAACGGCCGCCGCUCAGGCUAUGACCAUGACGUCAGAUGAACUCUUUAAUCAAUAUAGACAACAGGUUUUGAAAACUCAGGAUGACCCAGAUCCGCGGAAACGUCUUUUGUCGAAUAGCCACAGUUCGUCCAACUCUACAGGCUCAGAAUCUACCUCAGUUACCUCAGGAACAAACACUGCUACACCACAAGUUAAUAAAAGCUCCGCACUACAUACCCCUAGCACCCCCACGACAAUGUCUAGCGCCACUACCUCUUCCUCAUCAAGAAAGCGUGGAAAGAUCCUCCCAGAUGAGCAAAAAGAUAACGCAUACUGGGAAAGGAGACGCAAAAACAACGAGGCUGCUAAACGAUCUCGAGACGCCAGGAGGGCCAAGGAGGAUGAGAUAGCCAUACGGGCCGCCUUCUUGGAGCAAGAGAACCUGAAGCUCCGGGUCGAAGUGGCGGCGUUAAAAAAUGAAACUGCUAAACUACGAUGUAUGCUCUACAACAGCUGAAGGCAAGUGUAGUAAGUCACAAAGCUAGUACAUGGCUUUAACUCAAGUCUUUUCCAGCUGUCAAAUUCUUUUAAAGGUUAGGUAAUGUUCUUCUUUAAUUGCUUGUCAUUUUCGGGACAUAGUGUCAUGCUCAUUUUUGUCUCAUCCUUAUAUCAGUAGUGAGGCACGUUUCCAGACUUCUCAACGGGUUUUCGAACAUCUUCCUGACUUUACCGGACUUUACCGGACUUCACUCAACAUUUCUCUAACACCUCGGAAUUUAUAAAAUUUAAGAUGUUUUAAUAGCUUUUCCAUUAAAACAUCUUCGAAUUUUCAGGCGUUGAAAUUCACACAAAGCAUCUGUGUUUUCGAAGGUGACUAGCCAUUUAAGAUUAAAUCAUUUUCCUAGUUGUUCAAGUCGAACUACAUGUAUAUGUUGUGCCAGAAGUACUUGCUAUUUAGUAACCAUAUCUUCUCACAAUAAUCACGAGAACCUGAGUAAUCAGAAUUUAGUACUAACUUUAGUAUAUGAACAUUUCUUGCCAUCUCUAGAUCCUUAAACACUACUGGUGUAGUUAAACACCUUACACUUGGAAUCGUCUCAAUAUCAUGGACUGGUGCAAGUUCUUUUCCUUAGUUGGCAGUUUCCAGAAAUAUUUCCCGGAGCCAAGAGAAAGAUAAGGUCACUAUAGAAUUUGUAUUUAUACACUCUGUUCCUGACAGCUCAAUGUUGUAUCCGGUUCUGGCUGAAGCUGGUGUAAGCCCUAAUGGACCUCUCAUGCAGUUAUAUGUAAUCACCAUUAUAUAAUUACACACGUUCAGUUUGGCAGAUACGGGUAAUGUCAAUAGAAAUCAACGCUUCCAAAGCCUGUACGUGUGCAUUAGAGGUUCCAUUCUGGAGAAACCUGGUGUUUCACCAAGGACAUGUUGACCAAUCAAUGGUUAAGCUUCGCCCUCUCACCGACUAUCUCACUGGGAAUCUAGUCCAAGGGGCGAAGUGACAGUGCCUUGAUAGUUCAAGAUGAGUCAAGCGAAACCAUCAGACUUCCACACUAAAACCAUGUACUAGCAUUUUUCGUACACAUAGCAUUUCAAGUUGGAAAAUUCGGGUAGUGCCAUAUAUGCAUGUCAUAUUUUGUCAUUGAAAUUUGUGAGUUUAAUUUUAUACCAUGUUUGUUUGUGGGACGCUGUCAGUGUUGCACCUUUUUAGGCAGCGUCCAUGUGUAUGUCCAUUCCUUCAGCACAUUUCGGCAACUUGUAUAUCAGUUUCAAAAACACCGAUCACAGUAUUUUACCUAUUUUUCAAAGGUAGAAAAAUAACAACUUAAUUUCAUUUCAGCUAUCUGCAAGCUCCAAUCGUUCGCAAUUUUUUGUACUGACACAAUUCUAUCUUCAAAUGGGACUUUUUUCUUUCUUCAGAAUUAAACAUUAGUUUCAAUUCUAUCAUCGAUUACAAUUUGUAAAACAAAACACUCGUUUUUUGGGGUGGGGGUAUAAUUCGUAUAUAUAAAAAUAUUUUACUCUCUUCAAAAAGUAUGUAGUUAUCGUUAUAUUGAAGGUUUAUUCCAUGAAAAAUGGUUCCCAGCAUAAACUGUGCCGUCUUAAAAAGCUUCCUUAAAUGUUUCAUAGUCAUCUGCUGGGUUAGUUACGAGCGCAUUUGUCCCUUUAACGUACUUUGACCUAGAUGCAGCCUAUUUUAAGAAAUGUUACAAAUCUGUUAUAUUGCAUGAUAAUACCAUCACUCCCAUCGUCUUAUUACCGAGAUGACAUUGUGUAACUUUCAAACCUUCCAGUUUCCGCGUCAUAAUUCAAGUUUCAUACUGCCAAUUAUCUAACGUAUAGUCAUCGCUGCGUGAUUGCUUUGACAGAUACACAAAAGCCAGAACUGAGUAAAUACUGCAGAAAUGAUUAGAAAUGUUUCCCACCAAGUUAUACAGCAAAGUUUAACUUCAGUUCACCAUCAUUCCCAGUCGCGGAAGCAACGCAUUUGUUAAAAGAGAAACGAACAACAAAAUCGCCAUCACCAAUUCAAUAACUGUCAUCAACAGUCAAUUGAAAAAUGACUAAGUCUCAGAAACCUUUAUUGGCAUUUAGACAAUUUUCUCUAAUGCAUUCAGUCCCACUAAACUAUUCCAACAACCUGGUUUAUUGUUCAUCCAUCGUUCACACAGACACCUUACAAAGUCGCUUGAAAGCAUUGCAUCAGGGUAAACCCCCUAGAGCCAUGGGGGAAAAUACCCUUCAUUUACCUGUGACGUUAUCCUUGGCGUAAACCCUUGCGCAUUCAUCUUGUAACAAAACACCUGACUGUGUCAUGCAUUAAUAAGGGAGUCUGGAAUGAAUUCAAUAAAACCUAACCUUGAGACGUUGUUCCACCUUGAACAGGUACUGUCCUCAGGCACCUUUCUUUGUUUGACAAAACCUUGACAUAUCAAUCGCCUUUUUACUCAAAGUUUUUUCUUACCGCGAGUUGUAUUCUUAUAGCACCUUCUUGCUGCAUAAAACGACGGUCUUAGUCAUAGGGUGUAACCUUCUCACCCCACAAGAAAAAAAUUAUGAUUUCCCUUUUUAGUCUGUCCUUGGAACAUCCCGAGAUUCAGGUUUUUUCACUCUUAUGUCAUAUAUCGAGAGGUGGAGUAUAUUGAAAACCCGUGCUAUACAAGGAUGUCACAGGAGAAUGAUGUAAUAAUUACACAUUUCUAACACAUUUGUCUAACUUUUUACUCCGACUACGUAACGAGCUUGAAGCUGACUCACAAAUGACUUAAUAAAUGGACCCAUUCAAUUUGAGGACAGACCCUGAAGACCGAAAGUACAAAUCUUUGACAAAUUUCCGGAUUCAGUCCCCAGUCUUUCCCAAUUCUAUCGUUUGUCCCGGAGAUGACUUAUCGAUAUUUUUGUUGGCAGUCAGUCUUCGUCUCAAAAUUCUACCCAGAGUCUGGCAGAAUUGCGAUAAAGGAAGAUAACUUUUGUCAGUGACUUCGUUGUGCUAAGAACAAUCUUAUCGAACGUUAAAAGUACACUGCACCUUAUAGUAAUGAAAUUCGAACCAACUAAUAUAACCUAUCCCAGAGAGAUGAUAAAACAGUCACCCUUGUUUUCUCGAAAUCACGAGAAGUUGAAAAAAGACAAACAUCCUAAUAAGAGAUGUUUAUACAACUAAUUGAGUUGAUAUUUCCGUUGCGGUAGUAGGUUUCAAGAGAGUAGUGAAAAGUCCUGCUCGUUAACUUUCAAGUACCUAUCUCAAUAAAGACCGUUAUCAUUUUUUCCAUUUCUUUGAUUCAUUUGCAAUGUCGAUAGAUUAGCUAUACUUCACAGAAACACGGAUCAAACAGGUAGGGUGAGUGAGCUUCCUUUGUGUGUAGGCCUCACAUCCUCACACACACUACACCUGACGCUAGAUUUGUAGGCCAAUGGCAAUUGCAAGGAAAUUACUGAUGUGGGCAUCUGUAGUUGAAUCCUUCACGAUAAUGCAGAUCUACGUAUCAAUCUGUCCAAGUUAUAUUCUUGUGCCAGGAUACAUCUCUGAGCAAGUAUACUGUGUACCUGUUCUACCUUCGAACAAAGAAUGGUCCUAGCUACCACAGAGAAUUUCGAACAUGAUGUCAUUGUGAUUAAGAUUUAUUUCAUGAUCGUAACCAUGUCCAUUGUGUCAACAGCCCCAUUGCACAUUGCCAAACCUGGCAUCGCUUUGAGGUUUAAAUACGGGUGCCACCAUAUAUAUAAACCACCAUAUAUAUGCCUAUUGUCUCUGGUUAUUUCUAUCACAUUGCCUAUUAUCACUCAUACAUAUAGGUCUUCAUUUUGCAAUGAUAUUCUGCGACUAUAGGCCUACUGACUGGGAGUAGUGCCCUUGUUUCUGACAGUCUUAAAACGAAUAUCCUAUCCAUUGGCACCUACAGCAAGUCCUUCAAACUGAAUUUAAUGUUCGACCUAAACUAUCAGUUCUUCUUUCUUUCUUCCAUCGCCUCGGCCAGUUAGCCAAGCUACUGGUAACCAACGCUGGCCAGGUAGCCAAAUCUGCACAUUCAUGGAUGUGCCAGUAUUGGAGCGUGCUUUACCGUUGACAGGUCACCUGAGGCAACGUCUGUGCAAUACCGUCCGUGUGUAAACACAGGAUCCUGUACACAGGAUCCCAUAGCGCACCAAAUGAUUCCCAAGCUUACUAAGCUCUUAUCAUCUCAUAACGGUGAUGCAAAAAUAGCAAGGUACUCGGUAUCUCAAUGGCAUCAUCUUGUGUUAGUGCCCAUAUGUUUGUAAUGGGUUUUCGCCGGGUCGGCCGAACCAGGUAAACACUAGAACCUCUCUGUUCAUCAACUUUCCAUGGCCAGUUGAAUCAAGCCCCUUAUAGGCGAUAUUUAUUUAGGGCAUUCCUACAUAUUUUGACCUCUUUUAACAGUAAUACAACAGUUGUAAUAGCUGCAUGCUUCUUCCAUGAAAAUGUUCCAAUCAUCAUUUAUUAAAUAGAACACCAUCUUCGUGGCCUUGGUAAUGUUUGGUGGAGAUAACUUAUCAAUAGCUCUGUUGAUGACGCCACACAACACGCCAUAUGUUGCUGAUUGAUUUGGGUUGCAGUAUUCCCAUUAGAAUCAAGUUCGUUGGAUUAUUCUCUCACAAAGGAGCAUCGACUCCUUGCACAACUAUUAUAAUCACAAUUUGUUAAUACGCUAAGGUUCAAAGUUGUGGGUUACAUUCCCUCGUAUAGUUACCAAGAUCACACAUUACCUGAUCAAAGCUUUGUCACCAAUUUCCAUAAUAAUGAUUAUUGUAUCAAUUGGCCUAGUUAGAGAGAAAAAGUAAUCAUUGCGUGGGCUGUUCUGCAAUUUAAGCAAAGGAGACACCAAAGGCAAAUUGCGAUAUGUGUUACACAAUCAACCAUGUUACCUCAGGGCUUGUUGGUGUUAUAGACCUGGCAACGGCACCGUCACAGAGAUCUGGAGAAUGAAAUAAUUCAUCGGAUGAAUGGCAUUUAUUCCGUGUUUCUCACUCAAGAAAUGCUUGUAAUGGUAUUUUUCGAUGUUGCAAUCCAUGCUGAGGGCAUGAGUUUGCGUUCAACAGUGCAAUGCUUAUGCUCGACAUAAAUGUGUCAGUAUCAGCCAUUUCUGCAAAAAGGCAAUCGGGUGUAAUCGCAGUUGUUGGCGAAAGAAUGGGCUACCGAGAACAUGUAAACAAGCUUCAUGGAGGUUUUCCAUAAAAUCUAAAUUGGUAGGCUUGUGGAGUUUACUUGCACUUUGUUUUAGCCUCGAGAUAGUGAAAUAUGAAUGAUUGGAGGCAAACAUCUGCUGUCAAAAUAAGCUUAUUCUUCCCCUGUUUGCUAUUACAUUUCGCCUCUGUUGUGAUUGGUUGGGUAGUGUAACUUGGCCUGCAGUCAGUAUUAAAGGUUAUCACCCAUGGCUUACAUAGACCUAACUAUUGGAAUUUCAAUAUUUCCACACAGCAAUUUCUGAAUAUAUAUAUUGAGGACAUCACGAAUAGGUCGUGGCCGAAAAUAGUCGGAAUCAAUGUAGUGUUUUCGUGAUCCAUCCCAACGAAUUGCAAAAAGCAAAUUUUAUUUACUGAAGCCAGCUGUGUGAUUAUCACGCUCAUAAUUUUAGUGAAGGUUUAUCGAUGAGUUGAAAAUCUACCCUCUGCAAUGUGUGCAAAUAACGACCGUAAUUAAUUAACUCAUUGGCAUUUUGUGAAGUGAGAUUCAUCAAUUAGCUCUCAAUGUCAUACGUAUAUGCAUGUGUGCAGUACAUCUGCUGAAGUCGUCAUGAGUAUCUACAUAAUAUGGUUAGGCCAUUUCAACAAAUCAUAAAUGAAAUUAUAUUGUGAUAAAAUCGAUUACAACUUUUGUGGACCAGUUCUCAACGAAAUACUCUCCAAUAUCUGUUGCUCCAGAACUCGAGUUUAAACAACUGCUCGAACUUGAUACGUUUAUACUGGAUAUUAAAACCUUUUGUAGUACAUCAUUUCACAAGCCAUUCGUUAGAAAAAAGCAAUAUAUUAAUCAACUUGAAAAUCAUAAACAUUCGACACUCCGAAUGACAUUGAAUAUCUUCGCUUAAGCUAUUGUCUUUGAGGGUUAGAAGUGGCAUCGGGGAGAUGUUAAUUAUGUAAACGAUAUAUUAAUGGGCUGCAUCUGUCAAAGAGGAACAUUACCUCAUUAAAGUGAGCUUUUUCAAAUGGGUUUAGGUCAUUACACCAUCAUUACUGACAUAAGCUUGGGCAACUUUCAGAGUCCAUUGAUUUUUCGCAUUGUGUUUGAUACCACACACUGUGUGACCCAUCGAUUUGAACCGUUAUUGAACACUUGUGUAUGCAAUAGACAUUUGCCAAUGCUUUAACGUUUGUCUGAAUAUCACAAGUGGUGGACGAUGAUUUACACAGCCAGAGAAUGUCCAACCGGUCGUGAGAAAAAAAGAAAUAAAACAAAACUAUGCAGAUUGUAUAAGCAGAAACGUUUAUGCCUAUAACGGACAUAUGGUUUAUUCUUGCUCACAUUACACGUGGCGUCCUUCAAAACCUUUCAAAAAUCGAUUCAUAAUGCCGUAUUUAUCAAUGAAAUGUAACAUGAUUCAACAACGAAUCGUCUAUAUCUUAUCUGUUUGCGUUUGUGUCCUUCAAAUUUUUAUUUUGACCGACAAACGUCAAGUACGACAGUUGGAGCAGUGGCGCAAUGCCAAUGAUAUGAAAACUGAUGUGACCCACAGAAAUGCUUGUGAUAACCAUACAAUGUACUAUGCGUGCACACUUGUCCGUUUUGAUGGGACUUGUUUGCUCGGUAUUUCAAUAGAUUUUUCAAUAGAGACCAGCCUAUUUGACGGCUGAAUGACCAUGCUGUGUGCACAAGUUAUGUGUAGAUGAUAACACAUCACAUUAGGAUAUCAAGUAAAACGCUUUCUUGACACAGGCCGAAUGGUUCAUGUCAUUCACGUCAGUUGGUCGAAUCAGGUCAAGAUAUGGACGUAAUUUUAUAUGAGGUUCCUUGGGUGAAAGUGGGGGCAUACUGUGUACACUGGGCUGUGGGCGCCACACGCGCUUCGGGACACGACCUGGCUGAUGAGUAACCCACUCGCGAUACCUACCCAAGAUAGCAUAUGACGCCCAGUGUUUAGUAGAUCCACUUACCAAUGUUGAUAAGCUGUUAUGCCAUUAACUGAUGAAGUCCAGGAUGGUCAAAAUAUGCUUUGCCCAUCACUCUGGGUAAAGGGGUUGAGGGGGGGGGGGGGCGGCAAAUAAGGUCUGAUACAAUGACAUCCCUCCCCGAUGUCAUCUAAAAACUGCAACACGCACUCCCAAUAUGGAUUCGGUCUACACUUGAAAAAUACCUGCAUACUUGCGUAGUUACGCUCUUGUCAUGAAUGCGUUUCACUCGUCUGACGAUCAGUUCGAGCCGUCUCUUUGAAAAUUGAUGGGCCUAUACUUGUACAUCUGGCAGGCUUCAAAUUCCACUCGGGGUUAUUAUAAACCUUGGCUUCGAAUGAGUUAUCUUUUCCGGGCCUUUACGAUUAUUUGGUCCCCGAUGGGGUAGGCCUAUUCUUUCACUCAAUUUAAGAAUAAAAUCCAUCACUUGUCGGGAUGUCAAAAGCACACGCAGCCUGAUAUAGUGAGCAAUCAUUGAGUAAUCAUUGAGUAAUUGCUUGAUGUUAUGAAAAUUAUAAGUUGAAAUAAUUAUCGUGUCCUGCUCGACGAAUAUCUGAUGUUACAAGAUUCAGCCGCUUUACAAAUCGCUCAACUGGAAUCAAACAUCUGAAUAUCUUUGCAGGAUCAAAAGGAACUCGAAGCUACAUUCUUACCAGAACACGGCCAUAUAAUACUCUUCCAAGCCUUUUUCCUAAAACAGAAUCUUAUAAGAAUUUCAUCCUGGGUCUGCUUUCAGCCGGAAAAUCGUCUUAGCGAACGAGACAGGUCCAGCGGCCUCAAAAACUGCUCCUAUGCACUUUUUUUGGUGGUCACUUGAAUAAGAUGAGCCAGCCUGGCCAUCUUCCACCAUUGUGACCUAACGAGGCGUGAGCACCCCGUCAUUCUAUUUCUUUUUCAAAAUACAUUAGAUGAAAAUUUACAAUUGAAUAACGUCGCUGUCCUGAUCAGACAACGACACAACCUGUGGUGGGUUUUUUUAACCUUUUUUCCUGAAAGAAUGGGACUUGGCAAGUGCCCGCACGCACAUCUGAUUACAUAUUCAAAGCGUAUAGCAUUGGCUGUUGAAUCAAAUUAUGAGAGUAUUGAAUGUGCACGUUCAAAAUAUUUUGUUACUUUUCUGUUGAUUGAAAUUGGAAUUCUCUGAAAAAAAUAACUCUUUAAAAUAAGAUAAGAGCGACCCAAUUUAAUUCCUUAGAAACAAGGGACACAAAAUCCAGUACGGCGUUGCGCAAUUUUCGUGGAUCAUGUUGACUGAAAUUCAUUUUAAGUCAACUUAUCCACGCCAGUCAUAUGGCAUUUAAAGUUGAAGAUGUGAGGGUCGGAUUAAAACCCGCCAAUUUUGCAAAUCCGUGUACCCAUCCUCCUUUUAUUCCUUUCUUUAUCUCCAUAUUUUUUUUGUAUACCGGAACUUUAGUUUUGAACCCUUGCCUUCGGUGAAAGAUGUAUCCCUCUGUCUUGUCUAGGGUCGCAACCAGUUUUCCAGGGGCCAAGGCGAAAAAAGUAAGGUCAAUGAGUUGUCACCUUUGGUCAUUCCGUUAUAUAAAGAGCAGUUUGUAAUGCUGAGUUGGCAUGGCUCGAGGCAAUGAAGGGUUUAAUAGUUGAAGUAAGGUUAAGUCACGAAAGCUUCAGUCAUGAUGGAUAUGCAAUCCUACUUGUCCCGGGGGCCAGGAAAGAUCAAAUAUUAUAUUUGGAUGCAGAGAGUCCGGAGACCUUGAACCUAACACCAACAGCAUUGCCAACUGUUUCAAUCAUGAACAUGCAGCUUCAUCAUGCCCAAUCAACAGUUGGAAAAGAAGUCUCAAAAACUUGGGCAAUUUGUCAUGUCUCAAAGUGCAGCGAGGCUGAUUGAGCGUGAAUGGCCUGCCAUUGCCAACAACACGAGUUUUUCAAGCACAGAAUACGAAGUACCCGAUUAUGCAUUGAGUGAAGUUCUCUAUACCGUUACAUGACGUAUGCUCCAGUUAUUUGCCAUGAUUUCAUUAUCGUUGUCUGGUGACAAAACACACCACCUGCACCCAGAACCCAAUGUUGAAGAUACAAGAGAUACACCAUGCGUGGUUCGUUCUGCAGUUGCUGAAAUUGUUAAAGUUCGUAGCAUCCAUGCCAUCACAGACCAUUUUCAUUUUUUCAUAGGACCACUGAAAUUAAAUCAUCGCCUAGGGCGGAACGGACAUCAACCUCUAAUCCCUCGAAGGUCGCGACCCCUUCUCCUUAAGCUCUGGUCGUUUUUUUGUGAUCGCAAAGCGUAUGCCAUGGUAUGAAUGUUCCUAAAAUGUUGGCAAGAGAGUACCUUUCAAGCCUGAUUGAUAUCGUUUAAGGAGGAAAAUUACAAAAACAGUUGGGAAAUAUUUUGUCCCUUCCGUCACAUGAAAGUUGCGAUUAUACCUGUAAUGGGAACUGGGAAACAAUUCUACUCGCUGCCACCUUUGAUCUGAUGAAAGAAUCCGAUUUAAAUGAACCAACGGCGACCUUUGCCACACGUUUUUACGAUACUUGAGGGGCAUAUGUGUCUGUAUGUAUUUCCCACGUAUCAUUUCUACGGAUGCGAGCCUCCCAGCUGCCAUUCAAUCGAUCACAACCCUAUAUGGUUGCGUUACAUACAACUCAUACCGUGAAAUUGAACGAUUAUUGAGCGGCGUGUUACCCUGGCAGAUAGGCUGAAGAUUCGGGGGUUCCCGCAUAUGCAUCUCACUGUUUGAUUAUUACAAAUUUAAACAGCAAAUAUUUGUUCGCUCUCGCUGGCCAUGUCAUUUGAAUAUCGUAGAUUCAACCCCUGGCGAAGUCUGACUCAGAAAUUCGAUAGAACCUCGCGUUCGUUUACUUGUUUACACCGAAAUGGCGUCAGCGAUAAAUGACUGUAUACCUUCUCAAUUGCAGUCAUAAAAGAGUUUGCCUUACCUAACCUUGAAUAGAUUUUGAGUGUGCCUAAAUGAGAUUUGAAUGGAUACACGCGAAAGAGGCCAUGCUGGUUGAAGUUAUACAUGUAAAUUCUGUACAAGUCGACCACACUAUCCUUUAGCAAAGGCCGGACCACCCAAAAUUAAGGCUACCCAAGGAGGCGACAAUCCGUAUGUCCUGGUCUGGGUUGCUUUAGGUCAAUGAUUUGAGGUCAUCCGCAUUUUGAUGAUGCCAACAGGAUAUGUCCGAACAUAAUAAUCAGAGUCGACCAAGGGGCUAAUUACGUCAAGUUAAAGUCCCCUUUAGGCAGAGGAGGAGGUCGACAAAUUAUGGGUGAAGCUCGGGUCACUCUCAGAGGUCAGGCCGGAUUAGCAAUUAACUAGGGUACUGCUUUACUAUCAUUUAGACGACGUCAGUUACGCCUGCAAAAUAGGUAACUCUCAUGUCACUGUUCGGAGGUUAAUCCUCCUAGUAUCAAUUUAUUAAGGCUACUAUACCAAUAUUAUGGAGGGCGAAAUAUAGGUGACACGUUAAGUGUCCUACACUUAUUAAUCAACUACUGGCUGCCUUGACGUGAUCAGCAAUGGCUCAAUGUAGGUGACUCUCACUCAGGACACCAUCAGAGGCCAGUCUAACAGUACCUGACGUAAUUGGUGGGGCCCUUUGUUGGCAAAAAUUGGUAACUCCCUGGCCACUAUUUAGAGGCCACUUGGUAACUUUAGCCGUGACACGGAUGGUCAUUUUGGCUUAUCUUCGUUCUCAGUUAGAUAGCAUUACAAAUUUGGGUGAAUUUCAGGUCAAUAUGCUCUGAUGAAAAAAGAUCCUGGUCGGGGCCAAUCAGUGGAGAUCUUGAGGGGAGCAUGGACAUGGAAGGCUACGAAAUGUACAAUCACUCUACUGGUAUGUUCACUAUCUGUCAGUCAGUAACUCAAUAUUGACGUAAACAGGUUCGAGAUCUCACUACGCCUGCGCAACAACCAUCUUGGAUACAUCGCCAGUUAGGUGAACAAGCCGUGGGUGGCGGUUUAAGCAUGUUAACUAAGUUUAUUAGGCAUUAGCCUUUCAUACGAACGGAAUCAACUCAUUUUGUUCCUGCUGAUCAGGCACAAUUCAACGAAUAUCACCCUUCACUGAUUCGAAAACUAAAAUGUUUGUGAUUGCCCACGCAUACUUUGCUGGAUGGCUUCUUUUUAUAGUACUGAAUCUCGCAGGAAAGAAGACUGCCUGGUCCCCUUAAGGGAAGCUGUCGGGGAACAAAAGAAUUUACAGCGGAUUCAAUGUUUAAGUCAAUUCGUGCUUGGUUUCUCUUGUUCCGAAUGCGCCUAGAUUUUACACGAGCCACGAGAGGUCAGUUGAGGUCAGCGGCCAUCUCGGUCAGCUCGGGUCAAACGGCAUACGUCACUAUCAUUACGUCACUAGCAAUACCCACAGGAACAGGUAAGCAAUGUAAAGAGACACCUCAGGUCAAGCAUUCUCGUGAGCAAGGUGCCUUCGCUUCCACAACAUCCGGAAAAUACGCGGAGAAAAAAUUAGGCCUAAUUGAAUUAGAUGAUGUUUGGUCUGUCCGGAAAUCCUUGUGCUCUGUUACGAAGAAAGUGACGCCACCAAACAAACACGAGAGAAAAAUCAAUACUGUUUUUCCGUUGGUGAAGGCAGUAUGCGUUUCAGGCAUAUAUUUUGUGUAAACUUGUGAAAUAUCUAUAUCAUUAUUAUGAUUAUGUAUACAGAAGUGUUCGAAAAAAAGACCUGGGACGCGAUUCACUGUUCACCAGACUACUGGAGGAUUGGUCUUUCGCAAUUAGCCUGGUUUCUUGCUAGUAAAAAUCAUUGAAAACAAAAAAGGGCUAAACCCGAAUUCUCAAUUCGUUUUCAUAAACAUUCUGUCUCAUCUUUGAAAAUCCUGUAGGUGUUCACCAUACUCCGUCAAUUCCUAGAACAAUCAAGCCGUGCAUUAUUUUGACACCAAGUGUAUAUGUUUCAGAAUCGACGCCUCCUUUAAUGAUAUUCUCUAUUGGCAACUGUGUAAACUGUAGACGCAUCGUUGUAUGAUAAAGACAGCCAUAUCAAAAGGGACAUGUUUUACCCUGAGGCACAGCGGAACCAACAAAGUGAAAAUGUUACUUCGUGACUUUUACGGCUGUUCUCUAAAGGCCUUGCAUUAUGUCUUAUUGUGUUGCUAUGGCAAUAAAGCUCUGGUCAUAUUGUUCGGACGUCAAUACGUUCGGACAUCUAUAUCGGUAAUUUUUAAACCUUUUACGCCACUGACACCAAGACAAACGAUUGUCAGAUCGGCCAAGCCAUUUUCGCCGCCGAUAUGAGUUGAAACAGAACAUCGAUGCGGCUUUAGGUAUUUUUGCUAUAUCUUUGUCUCAUCAAAUGUUAUUAGACCAGAGAUAAAAAACUGAAUAACACGUAAUUGAAAUUUCCACUGGAGUAGUGACAGUGGUCAGCGGCCAGUGAGAAAGAGAAUCGUGUGCGAUUAGGAGUGGAGGGCAAUCAAACUAAUUUGAGUCGGGUGACGGGAAUCGGAUGCACAAGUUUUUCAUUGAUUGAGUCCGUGUUUAAAACUUUAAAAUUUUUUUUAGUCAUACAGUCCGUUUAACCAUAAACGUAAACCCAGCUUGAAAUGACCCGUGCAUGUCAGAAAACUGAAAAGAAGUGAGUCGUCUUAUCGUUCUCCUCUUCUACCUGUCAACUGACUAAACAAUCAUAGGGAAUUUUAUCGACAUGGUUGUUCAACUGUUGCAGUCUUUGAAGUAGCCGUGUUUCAAUUUGAUAUUUGGCUGUCGAAAUACCCCAGCUUUAGGCGACUCUGAGGUGUACAUUUUGACAUUAUGUCACGUGCAACAAUGUAGACAAUCCCUUUGCCGUGUGUAUUUUCCAAUUAAUUCCGGACAUUGAACUGCAGCAGAAUUCCCAUUGCUCGGAAGGCCAUCACCGUGGCAUUUCCGCCUCGUAGGCCUGUCAAAGCUUUAGAAUGAGUAUGUGUACCUCGGAUAAGAUUCUGUAAUGCUUGCAGCCAUUCUUGUUAUAAUGAAGAUUGAGACUGAGAAAUAUCUGUAAUAUGAACGCGGGGUUUGCCAAUUUAUGGGAACCAGGCCCCAAGGAAAGCGAAUCAUCCUUUACGAACCAUACCGCAACACCUCAAACGAGUUCCUCCGCCAGCCUAGUCUUCAUCAAAUUUGUUUUAUUUUCACAUGAAAGACAUAAAAUAAUAUGAUUUCUAACUUCGGUUUGCCACCAAAUGACACGGCGCCGAAGACAAAGCAAUUAAUUUGUCAUUUAAUUUCCGAAUUAUUUCAAUGUAUGUAUUUCCAUCUUGUAAGUGGCACAAUAAGACUGCAACCGUAGGCUAUAUGGGGAUGGUUGAGUGGAUAUAUCAAUGGACGUGCGUCUUAUCACUAUAAUACGCGUCACACAAUAUAAGAAAUGGAUAUUAAGUAAUAUAUCGGCACGGCAGUCUUUGUUCAGUACAUGUAGUAUGUUCUUGUACUGUAUGGUGUACUGAAAUGGACACUCUUAACAACGAAAUGCGCCUAUGUUGUGUCUUAGGUCUUUCUACUAAACGAGCAAUCAAUAGGAUGUUCUUCCCUGUAUGUACAUGUUCAUUGCUUUACAUGGUGACCAAGAACAUGAGUCAACGAAUCGUACAAGUGUUUUUCCCUGUUUUCCAUGUUUCGAUAUGAAAAACAUAAUUUGAUAAUCUUUGCGUUUAUUUGAAUAUACUUCAAGAUACGGUACUCAUGUCUUUAAAAAAGAGAUUAGCAACACUGGCACGGAUGUCUCCAAACAACUUCCAAGUACAAAACUCGUAUUCUGACGACAAUGAAUUAUCAUGUGAGCGCCAAUGUUCGGAGGAGGACAAACGGGUGUUACAUAACCCUUGAGUCAGUUUGGUGAGAUCUAGGACGUGUAUUCUUACCUUGACUCACUCUAUUAUUGCAUCGACCUUGAUCUACUUGGUGUCUCAAUAUACUCGACCUUAAUACGAUGAUAGAUUACAUAAGUAGUAUUUGAAUUUCCGAUGAAAUAGGCUGCACUUUGUUACCACUUGUCUUAAAAUUUGGGUCACUAAAACAUUCACCAUUAACAUGUUUAGAAGGUUAAUCCGUUCACUGAAUUCGAAUUUACUAAAAGAGAUCUACAGUGAGAUUGACUCACUUUAACUGACCUUAAUUUACAGAUACCAAAUAUUCGACCCACGAUAAUAGAUUACAUAAUCAGAUUUUGAAAUUUGGGUCUUUGAUACUGUUACCAAUAGCUCAGUACAUGUUCUGAGGAGGACAAGCGUGUCUUGCAUAACUCUCAUGUCUAGGUCGUGUAUCCUUAGGUUGACUCACUUUACAAAUGUACAUGUAAAUGUCCUUGGUCAUCAUGGUCGACCUUAAUACGAAAACUGUUACUCAAUUAAUAUUUGCAUCUUGAUGAAAGAUAAGAUCAGGUCAGUGCACUAGUUUCUACUUGUGCCGAGGCGGACUCGGAGGAGGACAAGCUAUAGUCUUACACAACCGUUUUAUCAGCUGUUAGAAAACUGAGUCAGCAUAGGGAUACAUUGGCUAUAUAUCACCACAUCGACCUUGCUCCAUGACGUAUUUGAAUAUUUUCGAGAAGACCAAAAUGUCUUCCUGUUAAAAGUCGUCAAUAUUAAUUGAAAAGAAGAUGCCCAUUGUUUCUUGCGGGCUAUCUUGUAGCCAGGGAUUGGUUGAAGGCGAAACGAGACAAAAAGCUCACCCAUCAUGAAGGUUCUAUUGUCGAGUCGCGUUAUACCCAAGUAUCGAUGGACGUCGUCUCUGAAUUUCUUUAGACCCUCCAAUUUUUAAAAGUGCAUUUUUUCGCUGACGAAUCACUCAAGUUGUCAACAGGGUCUUAUACAGAGUAAGAUAUUGAUAUAAACAAAUCUAUAUUAAGUUAUUGCUAUUUAUCGCUCUUGCAAUAUCGCCGUACUUAAAUCAGUGUCACUGUUUUAAGUAGGCCUUCAUGAAUAUAGGACAGAGGAAUUGAGAUUACGUAACUUGUCUGUCAUUUGAAGAGGCAUACAUCUUGUAUCCUAAACUUGACUUACUUCUGAGUUGUUUUCCGACCUUGCUCCUAAUAUGAUGGACCUAUAUGAUAAACUUAAGCUGUUAUGCAAUUUGCAUUUGGCCUGGUGUAGGGACAAUGAACUUUAGUAAAGUAGCCACUUGACGACUCAUUGAGACAAUAGACAUAAAUAAUACCCGUAGGCUACUCUGCCUGUCCCGACUACCACAUGCAGUUGAACUGGGUCGAAUGUAAUCAGGAAGGUCGUUAUUAAUUAUAUCAAAGAGCGAGGUAUUUGUCCUCAAUAGUACUGUUUACUAAUUGUACUCUAUCGUAAUUAGGUUAAUUUUCAUAUUUUACAUAAUAUGUUGAAGAAUGUCAAUGGAAACGGCGUUUCUGAAUCAUUUGGGGCACUUUACUCUAGUCAUCCACUUCGGUCAUUGGCGUACCUCACGUCCGUUAUACUUUUCGGUUUAGAAAUAAUGGCAAGAUAUUUUGACUGACAACAUUCUGAUGGACGAAUACAUUGCACAUAAACACAUGUGUAGUCAGCAGAUGAGGUGUUUCAUGGCACAAGAAGUACUUCAUGCCCGUAUUGUCAUCAGUGAUAUUUUCAAACUGGUCGCCUUGGUAAUUUCUUGUAGACUAUUUCUCAUGAAGGUACAAGACUCAGACUCAGCGAUGAGCCACCGCAACAGCCUCCAGCCUCCACAUUGACUGUUGCUUUCCUAUUACCCUCUAGGCUACAAAUCAACCUCGUACAUUUCAUCCUUAGUGAAAUCAACAAACUAGCUGACCUAAUACGAAGUUAGAUAAACGUGCUGUGGCGUAAUCAUGGUGGACAACUCGAUUGGUCGCCAUGGUAACGCAUUUGGCGAACAGUCGCGACAGUUUGAUAGAUUCAUUACUCCAUUAAACGCUAGAUUAGUACAUCUAUAGACAUGCGACAAGGCUUUUAAAUGCCCGCAUAAAUAUUGCAUAUCGAGUCUUUGUUGUUCGGUUUUAGCCAAAGCCCCUGCGUGAUGUAAUAAUCUUGCGUCAAAUGACGUUGGUUGAUUGAUAUUUUCCCUAAUGGUUGAUCUGUCAUGCCACCAGAUAUCAGGUCAUGCAACCGGAAGAAGCGAUUGUAUCGCCACUGGUGGCAGGGUUGGGCGUAAUGGCGCAUAAGCUUGAUCUGUAGACGUUCCAAAACCAGCCAUGUUGCGAGAUUUCACACAUAAUUUCGUCAUCUUAUUCGUGACCAAUGGUGACUUCGACCGGUGACUUCCAUUCAAACCACAACUUCAGUGACACUUGAACGAAAUAAAGGCAAAAAGAUGAAAUUUGAGCUGCGUGAUUCUGACUGUUCGGCGGUGGAACAGGUCCUCAUGGUAAUAGUUAUAAUUUCCUGUCACUUGUCUCCUCACCGUCAGCAGUCACCUCCACUGACCCAGACAAGAUUUCCUUCACAAAUUCCCCCAUAGCCGGAAGGCACGCAAUAAUUUCGACAUUUAGUCUUUUCUCUCAGUUGGCAAUUCCCUGCCCAGCACAAACGAAUGACCUAAUAGUUUUGGUGUGAACUCUCACAGAGGAACAUUUCUACACGGCAUUGAAAUUGCACAGAGAGCAGUGUUUGUGAAGUACUAGAGUUACCACUAUGAUGUUUUGAUAAUCAAGCCUGGCCUUGACCUAAUAUAAGUUAUCGCAAACAGUCCUAGAUUUUCAUGAUGCAUAAUGAUGUAGUGGUUGCACAAUAGAACGACGCAAUUGUGACGCCUUGCCAACAAUGACAUCCAAUGGCGGCCAUUGUCAACUUUCGUUGUGCACCGGUGCACCGAAUUAUUAAUUUCGAAGAAGAGUCGUCUAUUUUUGUUAAGUGUGGAUUUAGGCCUGUGUUUGUGCUUUUCAUAAGUUCUGUUGACAAUGGUUCGAUCACUAUUAAAUAUCGUAGAUGUGCCCUGACAGGACUUGUCCUACAUAACAGGCUCUUCGGUUAUAUAGUUGAGAGAGAUUGCGUCCUUUUCGUUGAAUCAUAAUCUUUUCUUUAUUACGCCCAAUAAAAGUUUGAAUGGUCUUACGAUACAUAAGUGGCAGGGAAGUUUUAAAAGGUGGUGCAGUACGACAGGGAUGAUCAUGUUCAGAUUUAUAUCAACGGUCGACUUCAUAUUGCGCCUUGUCUUAACUGUAAAGAAAGAUUUUAAUACCUUAAUAGAAGUUACAUCAAACCCGUAGGGGGCCAUCAUUAUGAUAUGAUAUUGAUAUUUAAAUGUGUAUUACCAGAUAACCAUUUUGGUCACGUUUAAGACACUAACAACAUGAUCAGACGUCACACCAUUGGAUGCUGAAUGCAUUUUUUUAUGAUUACUCUAUCUGGGUUUUUUUCUGCAGCGUGAUACACCCACUUAAUGCCUGCACAAAGAACUCUUUUAAAAAUAACCAUCCAAACAUGAAUUUUUCAACGAAGCCUUUUGUUGAUACCAUGACAUAAAAACUUCAGCAUAAGGCAUGGACUUGCACUGUAAUAAAAGCAAAUAAUUUUUUCAGGGUUACACAAAACGUGCAGCUUACUAAGAAUCGGGGUUUGAUCCCCAGACGGUCAACGGGUGGUCCCCCGGCGUUGACGGUAAAUUCGACUUUUUUCAACCCAAAAUUCUUUCACUAACAACUUCCGUUUCACAUCCUGUCUGGGUGAGGACUGAUAUACCUCGUCCCAGGGGCUGUCUUUCAAGAGUCAGCAGUUGUUUUGCCAUGCUGACCGUAAUCUUGGAACCAGGAUAUCGUGUUUUCAUAUGUAAAAAAAUCUGACACGAAAAAAUUACCAAGCCUCGUCGUCUGGGGCAAUUUAUGUACAUAAGACAUCAUUACGGCAUGUUGAAUAAUCAUUAGGGUCUAGGUUAGGAUAUUUGUCACGAAAAAACGUGGAUGUGGGACAGCUUAUCUUGUGUAAUCACUAGCAGUUUGUAAAUUGAGCAGCAGUUUCCACCCCGGUAAUAAAAAUAAGUCAGGUAAAUCGGACUGAGUCAUGUUAAUAUUAAAGGGAGGCUGCCAUCUGCGAAAUCGAAAUUCACUUUCUCAAAGUCACUCCUUUCGCCAAGUCUAUCAUUACCCUAAUUAACUUGGGUCAUAGUCGAAUAUCGCAUCAUCCUCAUAUACGAAAUUUAUGUACAACAUCUCCUCGAAUGUUAACCUGUGCAUGGAAAGUUCCAAGUCCUUUUCUUAGAGGAAUCCACUUUCUCGAAGUUCUCUUAUAUCAGUUACACCAGGUAGCAAAGGCAAGUGUAAUUAUCAGUUAUCAAGUGCAUUUUUCUCAUAUAAUAGUUGGCCUACAUCGAUGAUCUACGUUUGCAGCAUGCCAAUGUUUAAUUGGUCUUUACGACAACAAAAUCAACCCACUUUGGCAGCAAGAAGAUUAUUAUAUUCAUAAAGUCGCGUCGCUCGUUUACCAAGAACUCGCUCAAAUUUUGCAGUUACUCCCAAAAAAGGACACACCUUUUGGACGUUCUGAAGACAAGAGGCACCACCACUGCCCUUCCGGUCAUGUGACCUGAUUUCAUAAUCAAGCUCCAGACUGGUGUGCCAGCCGCCAUGCGUUAACAGGUGCAAUCAUUCAUAUCCUGCAACAUCCAAUACCUUUACAUAUUACAUGGUACGCUGGGUUAAAGGUGACAUUAGACACGCUAUAGGAUACCCGGUACUAUUAGUAACUGUAGCUAACAUCGGAACAUAAUAUUCCCAAUUAAAUGACCUCAUCCGAUUCCAUUAAAAAACAUGUUCGGCGUCUCAAAUUGAGGAUUGUGGUGCAAGAUGAUGGUUACAUGCACGUAAGCUUAAAACUUGUUGGGUUACUUGAAUUGAUCGCAGUCUCGAAGCUGCCAAUAAAACCCGGUGGGUCCGCAUGACUCAACAAGAGAGGUCAAUGCAAAGUGGUUCCUUUUUAUUCACAUCCCCGGGCCACACACGCAAGUCCCCUGUGUGAAUGGUCUUCCAAUGUGUACCUAGGUCAAGAAAUAGUGGGGAAAGUUGUGGGGUGGUUUGGUGAUGGUUGGAGUUUUUGGCUAAAAUCGGAUUGUAGACUCGUAUUUCAGUGAAAAACCAGGACUUUUAAGGAACUUAUAAAGUCUGUACCACUUAAAAUUUGUAAUGACAAUCUUAUACAAAGAUAUUGAAGAGAAGCUGGUUACUACCAACAGCAUUGCUGCUUGUUAUGUAGUAUUCGUAUGACUUUAAAAUAUCUUAAAAGGCUAUUAAAAACAGAAAAGGAAUAUAAAUCUUGCAGAAGCCAAUCAACUUAUUAACAACAUCAGCAAUAUUUUUUCAGGUGAACGAUUGGAGCCGCUUGUAUUUAAACGUACAUCUCUUGAGAGUAUGUUUUGCUGUAAUGAGCAGCGCCAUUGCAGUACAUUGCACUUGCACCAAGGGUAAAACUUGAAAGAAUAGAAGUGACGUCAUCAGCAUUCAGCUGCCGCCUUCGUUCAAUGCAUGAAAUUUGCGGAUGACGUCAUGGCUAUCUGGAGAGACAAGUGAAAGCGUGAUCUCGUGUUUGAAACUGAUAGACAAUCGUAUAUGAGAGUUCGAGAGAGAUAACGAUGUCUCCUGUUUGUCUUUUCAUUUGUGUGUUUGACUAUUUUAUUUUAUUUGUACCAGAAAUGUAUAAUCACUUGUUUCUGCUGGUACCUCAUUGCGUCCUGAGAGGAGUCUGUUUAGGACACUUUCUGAUAUUUCAGGGGUGAUCGGUCUUGGUGAUAAACUAUGCAACGAUGACGAAACACCUGACCGGAAGUCCCUCCUGGUGUCCUUCUAUACUGGUUCCUUGACCAUUUUUUCAAAUCUGAAUGUGUGCUUUAAAGAAUUGAAAGUCAGUUUAUACUGGUGACAUGGUUCUGAGUAUAGUUAUAACGUUGAAAUAUGGAGUCCAUAAACCUGACACAGCCGAUUAGUCUACCAGUACAUUUACCACUGUAGAGUCCCUUGGUGUCAUUACACGGGAUUCUAGCUGGCAGCACUGUUCUUGAUAUGAUGAUAAGAAGUUGUGCCAGCAUGAAUCCCACGUACCGAUCUGAGGACAGAUUAAACCAAGAUAGAGUCUCACUGGUAAAGAAGGACUACCCAAUAAUUACUUCUAAUAUUUUGUGUAUGGUCUAUGCAAUGUUUAACUGAGAAGCGUGUUUGUUCUGUUGAGCGUUGCUUAAAGUGUAUAUAAACGUCUCUAAAUUUAAAAAAGAUCCAUAAGGAAGUGAUUAAUGUACUGAGCUGUUGCCAAAUUUUAAGAUGAGGGUUAUAAUUUAUGGUAUAAGAUGUCUAAGGCUCCUAAGUACGAUAUAUAUCUGAAAUUUAUAAAAAAAACCCAUCAAAUAUGACGGACACAUGCCCAAACCCAUCAUUUUGAAUUGUUGCUAUUUCAAGUUUCCAUUUUCUUCAUAUCAAAGCCUACUCGCACAAAAAAUAUUCCAAAAGAAAGUAUGGCGGAUGGGUGAUUGAAGUUGAUCCAAAAUUAUGAGCUUCAGAGAUCUCCUAUGAACUGAUUUAAGUGUUCAUUGCGUACUUAUGUGCGUCUUCGGCGUCUUCAAGGACGAAGACCAUUGCCGACCAUCUAAAGCAGGGUGUGUGUCUGACAGCUCAUUUAAGGCGUUAUAAAGCUGGUUUUAGCCCAAUUAAAUACAGCUACAGAGCGUCGCAAGAAGAAUGCCAGUUGUAAUUUUGAUGUAUUAUUUGCCAAUUUAAAGAUAUCGUCAGGUUAACCAUCAUAUUAUUCACUUGGCAAGCUUUUCAAACGAGCCAAAAUACUUGGUAUUGUCAGCGUAAACAUAUCUAACCUGAUCAAAAGAGACCUUGCAAUCUUUUUAGAACAUUCAUUUCUUGUUUAUCUCCAAAUGAAUACUGGUUAAACGUGUUACCCAACGUCUCUCUCGAACUCUUUGCCAAUUGUGUCUCUUUGGUGGCGAUGUUUUCAUGUCAAGUGUGAAGAAUUUUUCACAUUGUCUCAACAACAUUAUACUAUAAAUAUAUGUACAUGUAUAGUCAACUUAAUAAUAUUACUGUAAAAACUGUAGGAAUACUACCUCGUUAUUUUUACGCCACACCGAAUAUUAUAGUCAGUCAUACUGUGGUGGAGUAUAUUACAUGACGACAUUGCGAAUCCUAGCGUCUAAAAGGCUGUGUUCCCCGGGUUCCGCGCGCCGCGAUUCACUUCCAACUGGUUUCACAAGGUUACGUAGAGGUCAAUAUUAUCGAUAUCGCCUGCCUAAUCCAUAGACCAUGCACCCCGCGGUUGCAACUACCAAGGCCUGAUAGGUUUUGAUAUUUUAUUUACUCUUAUUCACUUCAGGAGGUUUUGUAAUGUUUCAGGGUGAAUCGUUCAAUGUUUAGCUCUUUUGCAGCAAUCUCGAAAACUGACGCGAAAGCCGUCACAUGAAAUCGUAAUGGCUUCUGGGUCCUGCGCUGUUGGAUUCAAUAUCUCCACACGAAAAUCAUUUCGAAACCAGUUUUAUACAAAUGUGCAUGGUCUAUGGUGCAUUGUACUGUCAAAAGGCUGUUUCCAUUUAUUAGUGUAAUCGCUGAUGAGUUUUUUGUUUGGUUCCAAAUGUGUUCCUUUCGUUCUUUCCCACUUUCUGUUUCCCUUCCUCCGGAAAGACGUUGGAACCUGUGAUGAUCGUGAUAAGCCUAAGUUUUCUUAGACACUGCUGAGUGCUUAAAACUCGUCCGCAAGAUGCCUUUAUAAGCAUUUUCCAUUUCAAAUUGUCCGUUGCUUAACUAUUGCGGAGGCAUCUUCGUUCUAAACUGCUGAGUGCUUAUAGGCUGAAUGCAAUUGAUGUACAUAAUACUGUGUGUAUCUUUCCCGUACGUUUUGCUAUUACUUCCCUUUUAUAGCUCGUUCCACGCUUAUUUAAACUGAAGACAUCGUGUAUACACUAUAACAAUACAUUAUGUCUUGGUCUAACUAAGGUGAAACCCCCUUUCUGUUCCUAGUACUGCACUUCGCUUUAUAAAUUUUUGACUAUGCAAUAUUAUAUUAUUGAAGGCAACAUAUCAUUUUUGUUUUAUCAUUAUUAGUUCUCCAUUUUUCAAGUGCUUCAUGUCGUCUUAUUCGCACUUCACUUCAUAGCUAUUAGAUAGUAAUAGAAAUAAAAAGCAACAUUUUUCCUACCACGUAUAGCCAAAUACGUUUACCACACCGUAUGCUUUGCACAGAUGUACAUACACCAUAAGUGUACUUUGGUGUCAUUUGGUGAGCAAUAUCAAGUGUUCUGUAGACAUAGCACACGCACUGCUUUAUAUUUAAAGUUUAGGACACACCGUCCGCAGGAGUUUUGAUUUCCUGGAAACAAACUACCUCUGGCGGAUUUAUUAAGUGUCGCCAAAAUCUGUCACAAUCUUACUUAUAAGGAGGCUCGAAGCCAACCUAAACGUAAGCAUAAGGUAUUGCGGUACAAUUAUAGCGCUAAAAUAUAUCUUCUGUGUGCGUUUACGUUUACUGUCAGUUGUUUUUAGACUGUAGGGGCAAUUGCACGGAGCUAUAAUUGUACCAGAUUACCUUAAGUAGUGUUUUUUAUGUGUACUUCGAUAUUCCUGCGCAUUCUGAUUCAUUUUACUUUUGAUGAUGCGGUGAAGCGGCAGAGGAGAACCCAUUGGUGGGUGUGGAUUAUGCACUAUACCAAAGGCUUUCAUGAUUCCCCCAAGCUGUCACUCUCCGUCCGAGAAAACACCUACCUCAUCCACGCACUGACCGGAGGCUUCCAUACAUCUAUGUCGUGUUUCGUGUCACUCGUUUUAGUUCCCGACAUUUACUCCUCGUCGCUGUUGUCAAAUUGUAGCGUUGUUGGCAGAGUUGUACUUCAAAAAAAACCCCAACUGGUCUGCUGCUUGUACGUCUUACCUUGUUCCCUUUCGGCGCAUUGUUCUUUGUUUUGUGAUUUGUUAGGUAUUGCUUGAAAAUAUUAUUAUCUACUGACAGAAAAACUCCAAAGAGGUUCUUUGAUUCUGGUUUUGUAAGAAUGAAUCAUGUCACGAACAAAUUAAUGAUGAACGAAGGGACACAUUUUAAGUUACAUGUGAAAAAAACCAACACGAUUAUUCCUCUAACACAGCCAAUGGAUUAUUACCUGAAAAGGACAUUCACAACAACUGUUCAACUUCAAAGGCAAGUUUACUGAAAAGGAUAUCUCAAGCGAUAUUUCAAGCAUACCUGUUCUCUUCUGACUGUACUCAGUAAGUCAGUUACUAGUAGUUCUUCCGGUCUAGAUUUAUUUCUUGUAUUUUAGAAGCGCCGGUUUCUCCCCGCCUUGGGAACACAGCCAAGCCAUUGCGUGACGCUAAGGGACAGCAAUGUUAGCUCUUCUGACUAUAGCUAAUAGCAUUUUUAGCGGUUGCCAUUCUAGGUCUUGCGUGCAAAUCAAUGAUAAAUUUAUGAUUUUUUUGGUUCAAUUUAGUGAACGAUUUACGGGGUACGAUUUUCAUACACAUCUGAUUGAGUAGUGUUUGAGAUAUAGACGUUUUGAAAUGUAUAAAAAGUUUUAACUUCGUAAUGAUUGUAUAAAAAGUUUUGACUUUGUAACGAUAUUACCUCCUCGUCAGUCAGUGUAGUCAGCAGUUGUUGUGAAAGGGUCAUUUGAACUAAAUGUAUACUCCGACGCUAUUCGCGGAUUACGCUCACGUGGUUUCAAGUGUUGGAGUCUCAUUGGCCAAUUUAAAUUCGUCACAACAACGGAUUGGGCUCAACAUUGUUGUUGGACUUACAUCUUCGCACAGAUCUGUGAUUAUCUUCGUACGAGUGAAAAAAUCCGACAGCACUGACAAACUGGUUGGCGACAGGAUCUCCUUUAUACACGUAGCGUUGAUCUCUACGAAUAUUACGUAAAAUAACCUUACUGGGUAACAUAGAGCAGUCAUUUUGAUAGAACGUCAUUUAAAAAUAUACUUCAAGAGGUGAUAACGUUGUGCUAUAUUAGUUCCAGAUCAGCUCAGUAGGUGUUUAAAGAUGCCAUGUGCCCUAUUGAGCGGUGGAGGAACUAAUCUAAAGCAAUGGCUUCUGAUGUUUGCUACCUAGCAACCUACAGCACCCUUUAGAUGUCGAAUAUGUAACACACGCAGUUGAGGUAUCAUCAUGUCUUGUAUUUCGUUGACAUGUGCAUAGGGUAAAAGGUUCAUUGUUUAAAUUAAGUUACGUGUCCCGUGCCAUACGUGUAUGUGCUGGUUUUUGUCAUGAAGCAUGAAAUCGUAAUUUAGCGAAGCAAUUUAGCAUUUGAAAUGACCUGGUGCAUUACAUUGUAUAAGCAGCAGCGUUUGUGACGCCACAAAUAAAUUUUACAUGGCGUCACAAAUGCAACUGAGUACAUGUACAUUGUGCAUAAAUACACUGUGCAUAUCACUCGUUGAGUGAAUUUCUUGAAGUACGGUUUUUGAAAUCAUGCACACCAAAAGGAGGCGCUAUGGAUUAUACCUAUGAUGACCUUAAUAUUUCGUGAUAAAUCUUGCCCCCAUGCGCAUUUCUGCCGCUUUUAUUGUGCAAACAUAUUAUAUUAGUGCACAUGGGGACGAGGUGAAAUACUUUUCUAUACAAUAACGUCUGAGACUGGUGAUUUGAUGAUUUUUACAAUUACUUACAGUAAGGUGUUGCUGAACGAUGAUCUGGCUUUUACGCUGCCGCCAUUUUGGAUUUCAUGUCUCUAAUUUUUGCGUCUAACAAUUCAAAGAAAUGCUCGCUUAGAAAAAUGAGAGGUGGAAACAACAAGAUAUGUACUCGCGUUGAACGAAACAAUUCAGUUUGUUUAAUACAAUGGAGUCAUUUAUCGUUUACCUGGGACCUUCAGUUGUUUUAAAAUUCAAAAUACCACGGUGAAACCAACAAAUUAUUGAUAACUAUGCCACAAAACGUGUCACAGUAAAACAGAAAAGUCAAUUUCAAGUUCAGUUGAAGCAGGGACACGAAUAGUCCAUAUAGGUGAGGUGCUACAUUAUUGACAAAUGUUAUGUAUUUCAAUUUUGGAAAUGACAUAAAAGCUGCAUAAUUGAUAUGAAGUCCGAGAUCGCGGUGGUGUCAAGCAGAUUGUCAAUUCUGAAGGUGUUACACUAUGACCAUGCAAAAUUCAGGGUGUUCAUAAAACGUCUUUUCAUCUCAUUUUUUCCUGUAUUCCUAGUAGUGUUUUUCUCAUAACUUAUAAAAGAAUUCACGAGGCCUCAGUCGCCUGCAGUAGAAUUUAAAUGUUUGUGUUUUAGUCACCGUACGCAGUCUCAUUUUAUGGUAAGAAAGAUAUCGUUUGUUAAUGUGAACUCAGGACCAACUACGUCAACGCCAGUGACCUCAUAAUGCAACGUAUGCGAUGAAAUAAGUAUAGCUAUGAAGAUCAUAGAUCUAGUUGGAAAGUCAUUGAGUGUCCCUGCGGACUAGAUGGACCUGGUUUUGUAAUGUUCUGUAAAAAUCGUGUAAAAAAUGUAAAAUCAUCUUUUGAAAAAUCUUUUUUGUGUAUCACCUUGAACCUGAUCACGUGGUUACCAGGGUAUGAUGUGAUACUGCGAACUCGUCCUCUGACAACCACUCGGCAUUCCACGGAAAACUCGCUCUGUAGUUUUGAUAGGGUUGCUGGGAAGUGCCUAGUGGGUGUCAUGGCAACAUCAGCUGUCAGUACCUGCAACAAUUUUGUACAAUAUCAUGAAAAAGGAGACUGUGAUAAACCACUACGCUCCCCAUCCUCCAUGUUGGAGCAUUUUCCGCUAUUAAGUUGUCGUUUGGUCCAUUUUGUAUUUUGCGACUGGUCUGUCUUCCUGGUCAGUUGCUUGUCUUAUUGAAAAUCGUUCGUAUUUUGAGAAAAAGGCAGAGGGUUCCAAUCACCUUAAACCACCAAAGCAUGUUUCAGUUGAGAAAAUGAGAACAUUUGGUUAUAAAAUUGAUGUUGCCUAUAAAUAAUGUUUUUGGUCAUUGAUGAUUAUAUCACUUUAACAUGUAGGCCGAGUUCGGUUUUAUUUACCAGUGGCCCUUGCGUGCUGCUGGUAAGACCUUUUCUCCACUCGCAGCAGCAGCAGUCGGCGGAGUCACAGAUCAUCAGACGUGCAUUUUGUCAAUAAGUGACUGACCGCUGCUGCACCCUGAGGCUAGUUUUAAUAGAUAUGAUUAUACUAGCAUUCCGGGGAUGUAAACAAAAAACCAAACCAAACAAACAAACCAACAGAAUCUGGACUAGCAAAAAUGAUUCCAUGGCGUCUCGCUAGAUUGUUAGUAUGAUUGGCCCUCUAGCGGACAAGAUGGGUAACCAAUCUAGCUUUGAUGGAAACCUCUGCUGAUAGUGGUUAUGUGCUUGGUGUAUAAUAGUUAAAGUUAAGAGUUGGUGUUGUAGAUUUUGAUGACGGAGAGAGAGUAUUAUACGCCCGGUAAUUACACUUUUAGAUUACUUUGUCAGAUAUUUUAGGAGUAUUCGGCACAAUAGCAGUAUUCUGUCAAAUGAUUUUGAAUAAACUGUGGCUUUAUGAGCGUUGCAGCUGGGCGAGUACUGACAAUGCAUGACACAAUAUAUACCUCAGACUUAUGUUCUCAUGAAAACGUCUACAUACCGAAGUCUCAAAUUAAAAGUAAGGUUAUGAAAGUUUAAAAUGAUAUUGUCUACAUAUAUUGCACGUAGAGACUUGCUGUAUAAAUCUGCUUAACAAUAUUAUAAUAAAACAAAGCAACAUAUCCCAUGGUCCCUUGUUCAAGAUGGCGCUGCCAGCCAAUGUCAAGUUAAACAAGAAAUCAUGGGUUUAGAUUUUUUUUAAAGGCUGCGCAAAACUGUUGGGUUCAUCCAUCCAGACUGCAUGGCGUGACGUAACUAAAACAGGCCGCGUAUAUUGUAAAUAGUUAGGAGUCGGCUUUGUUUUGAUACGUCACCGAGUGACCGUGUUAUUUUAUUUAAAGAAGAUACCGUGUGGAAUUAUCAAGGUUAUGGCCAUCGGUUAGAAUUGAACAGCUGUUUAUACUUACCUCAUAUGUCAUAUAAAGUAGGAAUUUGGUUUCGGUCACCAAUGUUUUAUCUCGCAUUUUAUGAUGAGAACUGAAAAGCUGUAUUCCGCGGCCAUUUUUAUUGUUGGAAUUUCCGGAAAAAUUCUGCUUGGCAAUGAUUUUUCAUCCUUUUAAAACCAAGAUAAUACGUGCAAAAGACAUUAAAAGUGACUGAUUUUCCUUUGAAAUGACGUACACUUGUCUGCUUUGCAUGUCUAAAAUGCAAAUUAAAGCAGUUGGUUUCGCCUCGUUCGUGACUUGGGUAGAUAGAUCUGCUUCUAGUCGGCGCUAAUAGACAAUUUGUAAGCAGACGAGUCGUGGAUGUUACGUCCGCGCAUGUGUAUGCAAGUGUGGUCUUGAUGAAGUCACUUUGGACGUUAAUGAUACGUCUUCAACCCUUGGCUUCAUCGAAAGGGGAGUCUGCUCGAUAGCCUGUGUCACUAGGGUAUCAUAUGGAAGACCAUUACGUUGAGUGUUGGGAACAAGUGUCUGUCAACCAGAGUUUUGAAGUGUCAGCAGAGAAUUUCAUUAGAGAAAUGUCUUCAAAACGGUACCAAAAACUUUCUUGCUGAAGCAAAACAGAAGGUGUUUUGUUAGUAAUUCUACACGAUGAAAAAUCAAUGCCAGAGUUUUUUCUGGACUUUGCAUACAGUAGUGAAAUACCUCUCUUAUAUUAUAACUUAUAUUGAAAAGCAUUUUUACUAAUGUAAGUUGCCAUUAAUAAUCAUGAUGCAGGCACGUGGCAUGUUUAUAAUAAAGCGUUGACGUUGUAACGAAGCGUGUCACGUGUCUGCAUCGUGUUCUACAGUGCCACGAUUUUUUGACAUUUUGACCAAUGUAUUUCGGCAGUAUGUGCUAGGAGAAACACACAGUGUACUCGAUAAAAAUGUAAUAGACUUGUAAUAGAUUCACACUAUACCAUUGAGGGUGCUAGUCCAAGGAGGUAGUCAAUGCUAUUUUUCCAAUUCGAGAACGGGUAAAAGCACAAAGAGACUCAUGGAAAAUGAAUUAGGGCAGCCAAGAUCAAUGCUUAACACUUAACCAAGGGAAGGCUCGAUAAAAACAGACCGUGGCUGUGUUACCGAUCCGUAAUCUUCUACUUGUAGGAUAUUCUUAUGUAAGAGUCGGUCGCACAUGCGCAGUUACAAAAAGUGCGAGUGUGCCAGUCCGAAAUUUCCACGUGGCGCAUGCGCUAUAAAAAUUAACGUAACAAAAGCCCACGGUCGCGUAACAGUAGCCGCAGCGUAUGAAAUGUGUUACGAGCUCUUUUCAUAAAAAAAAGGCUAGGCCACCUUCUUGAAUUGGCAUCCUCAAAAUAUGUAGACAGCAGUGAACAGCGUCUGCAGAAAACGUAGCGUUUUAGACUUUUCGAUUUGAGCUUAAAGCUUGCGUAGGUUAGCUUCGUUGGUGCGCCGCCCUAUGCUGCCAUAUAUCAUUAUGAUCAUCGUAUAAUAUUUGCCAUUCACUAUAUUUUAAAUACUGUUGGUAAAACUGUAUAUUUCCUACAUGAUUUUAUUAAAGGAGUUUCCUGUUCAUUUAAA